AUGGCCAGUAAUCACAAACCAGCAGCCGCUCGCCCCAUUUCACGAGGUGGAAUUGGGUUGACAGGAAGGCCUCCUUCUGGAAUCCGACCCCCAUCAGCAAACAUUCGAGUAGCAACUGGAAUAUCACCUGGAACUGCAAGACCAGGCUCCCGUGGUGGCCUCAUAGGGACAGGAGUUCUGUCUUCUCAGAUUAAAGUUGCAGAUCGUCCAGUAACACAACAAGGUUUGAGUGGAAUGAAAACUGGGAUUAAAGGUCCCCAGAGGCAAAUUUUAGACAAAUCUUAUUAUCUUGGGCUUCUUCGAAGUAAAAUAAAUGAACUUACAACAGAAAUCAAUAAACUUCAGAAAGAAAUAGAAAUGUACAAUCAAGAGAAUUCAGUUUAUUUGUCAUAUGAAAAGAGAGCUGAGACUUUAGCUGUUGAAAUCAAAGAGUUUCAAGGACAACUAGCAGACUAUAACAUGUUGGUAGAUAAACUUAAUACCAAUACUGAAAUGGAAGAAGUAAUGAAUGAUUACAACAUGCUUAAAGCUCAAAAUGAUCGAGAAACACAAAGUAUGGAUAUCAUAUUUACAGAAAGACAAGCGAAGGAGAAACAAAUUAGAAGUGUAGAAGAAGAAAUUGAACAGGAAAAACAAGCAGCAGAUGGCAUUAUAAAAAAUAUGUCUCCUGAAAAACAAGUCAAGUACAUAGACAUGAAAACCACAAAUGAGAAAUUAUUACAGGAAUUAGACACACUUCAGCAGCAACUAGAUUCACUGAACAUGAAAAAAGACAGUCUGGAAGCUGAAAUAGCACACUCCCAGGUAAAACAGGAGGCUGUAUUGCUGCAUGAAAAACUUUAUGAGUUAGAGUCCCAUCGAGAUCAAAUGGUUGCUGAAGACAAAAGCAUGGGAUCCCCAAUGGAAGAGAGAGAGAGAUUACUUAAGCAGGUUAAGGAAGAUAACCAGGAAAUAGCUAGUAUGGAGCGACAGUUAACAGAUAUAAAAGAAAAAAUCAAUCAAUUUCAUGAAGAAAUUAGACAACUUGACAUGGAUUUAGAAGAACACCAAGGUGAAAUGAAUCAGAAGUACAAGGAGCUUAAAAAAAGAGAGGAAACUAUGGAUGCUUUUAUUGAGGCUUUUGAGGGAAAUAAGAAUCAGGAACUGGAACGGAAGGCACAGAUAGAAGCCGACAUUGUUGCACUUUUGGAGCACAGUAGUCGGAAUAUAAAUCGUAUGAAACAGAUAUCCUCUAUCACCAAUCAAGAGCUUAAGAUAAUGCAAGAUGAUCUCAAUUUUAAAUCUACUGAAAUGCAGAAAUCACAAAGUACAGCUAGGAAUUUGACUUCAGACAGUCAACGUCUACAGUUGGAUCUACAGAAAAUGGAGCUUCUGGAAAGUAAGAUGACUGAGGAGCAACAUUCUCUAAAAAGUAAAAUUAAACAAAUGAUGGUUGAUCUGGAGACAUUUAAUGAUUUGCCAGCUUUAAAAGCAUCAGGUGAAGAAAAGAAAAAGAAAUUACAUGAGGAGAGAGCAGUAUUAUCAACUCGCAGGAAUGCCUUUAAGAAAAUAAUGGAGAAGCUAAACACAGAAUAUGAGAUGCUAAAAGCACACCUGCAAGAAAAUGAGACACAUUCUCAGCUUACAAAUUUGGAAAGGAAGUGGCAACACCAUGAACAAAAUAAUUUUGUGAUGAAAGAAUUCAUAGCAGCCAAGAGUCAAGAGAGUGAUUACCAGACAGUUAUGAAGAAUGUGAACAAGCAGAUUGCAGAGUACAAUAAAACCAUCAUGGAUGCUCUGCGUAGCAUGAGCAGAAACUGA